AUGACAGCCAAGCGUGAGCACAACUUAAGGGUGUUUGAGUUGUCAGUAGAGGAGUGGAAGAUUGCAUCUGACCUGCAGGAAGUUUUGCAGGUAAGUUUUCAAGGAUGCUACGACCUUCUUCUCACGCUCCACACCCAACCAGUCGCUACUGUCAUCCCCGCUAUUGACCAUAUCGAUGAAAUGCUCUUGGCCCAUGAAUCCAGCUCAUCUCUGACUCGGAAUCGCGCUGUACAAUCUGCACUCACUCUUGGCAAAAAAACACUUGACCGCUACUAUUCAUUGACAGACAAAUCUGAUGUGUAUCGUGUGACCAUGGUGUUGCAUCCUCGUCAUAAACUUCAAUAUUUCAGAAUGGCCCAGUGGGAUCAAGAUUGGAUCGCGACUGCAGAACAACUUGUCCGCAAUGAGUUUGAUCUCAACUAUGCUAACUUAGAUGUUCCAGAUGGAGGCAUGGAGAUAGACGACACUGAGCAUUCAGUUGCCAAGGUAAAGCUUUGUUAUACUGUGGUCAAAUGCCUGAUGAUGCCUACCUCGUGGCUGAUCCCGGGCCAGACACUCACCAACCUACUUGAAGAUUCAUUGAACAAGUAUUGCAAUUUGCAAAAUGUAGAUAUGUUAAGUGCGAGCUCCACCUAUUUACACCAUUCGCCACCUGGCUACACCAAAGGCAGUUACUAAGUGAGGAGGGUAGAGCUGCAAGCAC